AUGCUGGCCUUAGCCAGGCACCGCAGCGCGCUGCGACAAGCACUGCCCGCAGCGGCCCAGGCUCUGGCUGCACAGCUGCAGCAGGAGCGUGGAAUGAAGUUGUUCGAGAUCUUCAGCAAGGAGCAGCGGGCGAAGCGCAAGGCGCAGCUCAAGGAGGAGAUGCAGCGGGGCUAUUUCGACGACUUCCGGGACUUCAGAGACAGCAAGGGCAAGGUGUUCCGGGCGCCCGAGCGGCUGGUGCCCGCCUCCCAUGCUCCGGCUUUCCCACGCAUGCAAGUGGUGCAGUCGGAUGGCAGCCCCGCCACAUUCCCGCCCCCCGAUGCCAGCAGCAGCAGCAACAGCGACAGUCAGGAAGCAGCAGGCGCAGCAGCGGCAGCAGCAGAAGCUCCCAGCAGCAGCAGCAGCAGCGGCGACGGUGGGGAAGCAGGUGGCGGCCUGCAACCGUGCGCAGCCAGUCUGGUGUGCCUGGCAUUCCGGGCGGGGGCGCAGCCAAUGCUGGAAGCGUGGGCAUCACCCUUCAGCGAGCACUUCCAGGGGCGCAGCGGCGUGGCUCUGUACGAGCUGGCAAUAGUGGAGGGCAUGGUCCUGCGCAUGUGGCCCUUCAAGCAGCUGCUGCUGCGCAGCGGGGCCGGCGCCGCCGCCAAGUAUGCCCUGCCCUGCCGCCACCUGCACCACUUUGGCGACAUGCAGGCGCUGCGCCAGGCGCUGCAGCUGACCAACCUACUGACCGGGUACGUGUUUUUGGUGGACUCCCGCGGGCGGCUGAGGUGGCGGGGCAGCGGCAACCCCUCGGCCCAGGAGCUGCAGACGCUGCUGCGCUGCACCGAGGAGCUGCUGGCGCAGGAGCAGCGGCAGCAGCGCUGA